AUGAGGAAAGAUUUGCCGGAAAAAGGAAAUAUAAUCGUGGAAGGUUACUUAAUGGCGAUCAACCCGCUUCAUCAGAAGACAGUGAUGCUGAAAUACACAACGGUAGAAAACCAUGGACGAAGAGUUGAUGGACCUUGGGUUUUUGGGCUUAAAAAUGGUUCUGACUGCCGAUAUUUGUAUGUUCUUCGAAGAGACAAAAACAGAUUACUACCAAUUAUUCUACGAGAGUGUGAAGCUAGCUCUGUUAUUCAUUCAGACGAGUGGGCAGCCUAUAGAUGUUUGAAAGAUAAUGGAUAUAUUCAUAACACUGUUAACCACCAGCAAAACUACGUUGAUCCUUUGACGAAAGCUCACACUCAGAGCAUAGAGAGAUCAUGGUUGGAUGCAAAAACAAAAAUCAUGAAAACGAUGAGAGGCACAACCAUGCAACUUUUGCAAUCGCAUCUCGACCACUAUUGUUGGAAAGUUGCUAGGAAAGAAGAACCUGAUUUAUUUAUUGCAUUUUUGAGGGAUAUUAAAGCAGUUUAUCGUUAA